AUGGUUCGUCGAAGACAAAGGGAACGCGUUUGGAUUCAGUGCGUCGCGUUGCUUUGUUUAUUUGACUGGUCUGCAGCGCAGAUCUCUUACUCCGUUUCAGAGGAGGUGGACAAAGGCACGUUUGUGGGGAAUCUCGCUAAGGAUUUAAACCUUAAUGUUCACGAACUGGAGUCGAGGGGUCUACGGAUUGUAUCAGGACAGAGUAAGAGGUAUUUUGAGGCGAAUUUGAAAACGGGGAUUCUGUACGUUAACGAGAGGAUAGACCGAGAGGAGCUUUGUCCGAUUACGGUGAAGUGCUCUUUAAACAUACAGGCCAUAUUGAGGGAUCCAAUGCAGCUCCACCGCAUUGAGGUGCAUAUCUUAGAUACAAAUGACAAUGCACCGAUCUUCCUUGAACAAAAUCACACGUUUAACAUUUCGGAAUCAUCUUCACCUGGAGAUAGAUAUCCAUUACCGAUAGGUAAUGACGCAGAUACGGGCAGCAACUCGGUAAAUAGCUACAAGCUGAGCCCGAAUGAACACUUCUCCCUGGAUGUACAGAGCGGUGGAGAGCAGAGUGUGUCUGCUGAGUUAGUGCUGCAGAAAGCUUUAGACCGAGAGAAACAGCCCGUUAUCCAGCUCACACUGACCGCUAUAGACGGAGGAAAACCUCCUAGAUCCGGGACUUCACAGAUCAUUGUCAACGUAAUAGAUGUCAAUGAUAACACGCCAACAUUUGCUAAACCACUUUACAAGGUCCGUGUUAAUGAAAAUGUAUCUUUAGGGACAAAAAUAUUAAAGAUGGAAGCUACAGAUUUAGACCAGGGUGUGAAUAGUGAACUUGUUUAUUCAUUUAGCAAACGUGGUAGUGUUAACUCGGCCGAUGUGUUUUCUAUAGAUCAACAAAGUGGCGAAAUUACUGUAAAAUCUAAAUUGGAUCAUGAACAAAACGCAGCAUAUGAGCUACGUGUGCAAGCUACGGACCAAGGUCAUUCACCUCGUAGUGGUUAUUCUAAAGUGUUAGUUGAAGUUAUUGAUGUCAAUGAUAAUGUUCCUGAGGUGUCCGUGACGUCACUCAUGAGCCCUGUCAAGGAGGAUGCUGAGACAGGGACAGUGGUUGCCUUGGUGACAGUAACUGAUAUAGACGGAGGUAAAAACGGACUUACCAACUGUAAGAUUGUUGGGUCUGUUCCUUUUAAACUAAAGUCAAACUACAAAAACGAUUAUUCGUUAGUGGUCGACGGGCCUCUUGACAGAGAGAGCGCUUCUCAGUAUAAUGUCACCAUCACAGCUACGGAUGAAGGGACCCCGCCUCUCUCCAGCACAAGCGAUAUUACAAUACACGUUUCUGAUGUCAAUGACAACGCUCCUCGAUUCUCUGAACCCGUGGCUAAUGUUUAUGUGACAGAGAACAGUCCGGUAGGAGACGUCAUUUAUACGAUGUCUGCUUUUGACCCAGAUUCAGAUGAAAAUGCAAAGAUUACGUAUUCGUUAUUAGAAACACGCCUUCCAAUAUCAUCAUCUGUAAAAAUAAACUCGGAUACUGGAGAUAUAAUCAGUCUGCAGUCUUUUAACUAUGAGGAGAUACAAACUUUCCAGUUUAAAGUUCAGGCCACAGACUCUGGUGUUCCUCCACUCAGCAGCAACGUGACUGUGAACGUUUUUAUCCUGGAUGAGAAUGACAACAGUCCUGGGAUUCUCGCGCCCUAUUCUGAACACGGCUCCGUUAACGCUGAGAACGUUCCCUAUUCUGCUGAAGCGGGCUACUUUGUGGCCAAGAUCAGGGCUGUAGACGCCGACUCUGGCUACAAUGCGCUGCUUUCUUAUCACAUCUCUGAGCCCAAGGGAACCAACCUCUUCCGAAUCGGAACCAGCACCGGGGAACUAAGGACUAAGAGGAGAAUGAGUGACAAUGACCUGAAAACUCACCCGUUGGUCGUGUUGGUUUCUGAUAACGGGGAACCCUCACUGUCAGCGACUGUGUCUAUUGAUGUAGUGGUGGUUGAAAGUACAGGUGAAAUCCAGACUCAAUUCAGAAAUGUGCCGAGAAAGGAGGAGAACUUCUCUGAUUUGAAUCUGUAUUUGUUGAUCGCCAUUUCCUCGGUGUCAGUGAUAUUUUUACUGAGCCUCAUCAGUUUAAUAGCUGUAAAAUGCCACAGGACAGAGGACAGUUUCAGAAGGUACAGCGCCCCAGUGAUCACCACACACCCUGACGGAAGCUGGUCUUACUCUAAAUCUACUCAGCAGUAUGACGUGUGUUACAGCUCAGACACACUGAAGAGUGACGUAGUGGUUUUCCCCGCUCCGUAUCCACCUGCAGAUGCAGAACUGAUCAGUAUUAACGGAAAUGACACGUUUAACAGGACUCAGACGUUACCCAACAAAGAGGAGCUUUUCAUAUGA